UUUGUCCCUCUUCGUCUGCUGUAGUGACGUCACACACAAACAAGGAACUGUUUGCUGAUGAUUACAGCUGGAUGGUUCAAACUAAGUAGAUUUUCUGUACCGAACUUUUAUCGUAAUGUCUCAAGAUCCCUGGGUACAGGAUUAUGAUGCCACUUGUCGCUUGGCACAGGAAGUUGCAGAGAACAUUCAUGAACGCAACAGGCAGCAGAGAACAGGGGGGAACCCUGCAAAGAUCAAUAUGACACUGCGUGCAUCGCUGCAGAAGCUCAAACAGAACAUAGCCCAGCUCAAAGAUGGUGUUUUGCGAGCAUCAUCAUCUCGGCGCAUCAUGCAGGCAGAAGCUGACAGGAGGCAGAACCUCAUUGAUGAUCUGCUGACCAGAGAGAGGCAGCUCAAUGCUGCCUUCAAGGGGGAUGUCACAGAGCCUGAACCUUCAAGGUCGACAUUGAUGGCUGAAGGGGCAGGAGGAAGUCGAGGAGCAGCUAACCCUUGGCUGAUCAAUGAGACGGAUGAGACCAGAGGGCUGGGCUUUGGGGAGAUCAAACAUCAGCAGCAAAGAAUCAUUGAAGCCCAGGAUGCUGGCUUGGAUGCGCUAGCAGCCGUCAUCAGCCGACAGAAGAUGAUGGGCCAGGAGAUCGGCAACGAGUUGGAUGAACAGAACGAAAUCAUUGAUGACCUUUCACACCUUGUGGACAAGACAGACGACAGGAUUCGAAAUGAGACACGAAGGGUGAAGCUGGUAGAGACAAAGUCAGCCUCCUGUGGGAUGAUGGUGGUGAUCGUUCUGCUCCUUAUAGCCAUCAUAGUGGUCGCUGUGUGGCCGGUGUAGCUGAAGAGGACACAGGUGCCGGACGACUUCUACGACAGUCUGAUGAAGACUAUAAGUUUUAAACUUUUUGCAUCCACAGUGUGCACAUGUACAGUCAUUCAUUUAAACCUUCAUUCUCAUAUGAUUUUAUUUCUUAUUCUUUCUCUUCAUGUUGGGACAAAAGUUAUUUGAGGCUUUCCAACCAAGGCAAUGUUACAACUCUUGGUUUGAUAACGGGCAAGUGUAUUUCUUGUGUGUAAAUUAUCCUCUUACGCUGGUGUAUUGCUCAUUAACCUGACAGUGAAUGAAAUAGUUAAAUUAUAUGAAGGUUUCUUGAACCUUUUGAAACAUUUGAAACUGGACUGUGGCAAUUGUUGACCCAGCAGUAGGACCUCCCGCAGGCAGCAGGAUCUUUCCUCUCAUAAGUCUCUCUGUGGUCUGGCUGUGGUUCCCACUUCAUACGCUCAUUCCACAAGCUCUGCGAUAUUCACACUUGCUCACCCAUGCAUUACUGUAGCAGCUGUAAUGUUAUCAUUUGUCUUGGGAUUUUAUAAUGUUUAUAGAGUAGCUUUCAGCCAAAACAAGCAGCUCAGCUGUGUUACUAACAUGGCUCUUUUCCGUUCUUGUAAAUCAAUUCAACUUGUAAUUUCUAAUAAAUGACAUUUACAGUUAACAGUC